UCCGACCUCACUACUGAUCUCAAGCCUCAACUCAGAAAACAAACGGGGACUUUGUUGAUAAGUUUUUAUUGGUCUUCUCUCAUCUGCUUCUUCUGGAUGGAUCUGAAUGUCAUCCCAAACUCUUCAAAUUUUGUUAGCUAAUAAGGUAAAUUUUAAUGUUAAAAAUCCUCAUUCAUUAAAGUUGAAUUGGUCCCAUUGAGCAUCAGAACUCAUCUUAUGCGGUUGUAACAAUUUACUACAACUGAGCUGAGGAUCUUCUACUCCUCUCAUUAUCUUCUCUGCAAAAGAUCACCUACAGGCUACAGCAAUUGACAAAAAAGAGACCAAAAUGAUUGGUUUGGGCGAAAUCACUAAAAUGUUAUGUUCAGACGGUGUCCUAAAAGCCUGCAAAACUGGCAGGUCUCACGUUGGCUAUGUGAUUCACUACAAGAAGAACAUUCAAAAACUUGAAGAUGAAAUUAUAGGGCUUGAAGAUGAAUGGAGAAGGAUCGAUGGAAGUGCCCACAGAGCCAGAGACGAUGGAGGAGUUGUUGAGAAUGAUGUUAGGCAGUGGCUAUUGUCUGCCUAUGGAAUGAAAGCAGAAGUCGAGGUGUUCCUACUAGACAUGGUAAGGGAAAACAAGUGGUGCUUCAAAUGCUCAUGUCCAAAUAUAUAUUGGCGUUACUGGCUAGGCAAGGAGUCCGAAAAGAAGACUGCUCGUGUUGUUAGACUAAAAGAGGAGGGCACCAAGUUUAUGACAUGCCCAAUGUCACACCGCGCACCUCUCACAGACUCUGGAUUCACAUUCUCUGCAAAAUAUGAAGCAUUUGAUUCAAGGAAACGCAUCUUUGAAGAGAUCAUGAAAACAUUGGAAGAUCCAAGCAUUAAAAUGAUUGGCAUUUACGGACCAGGUGGUGUUGGCAAGACAACAAUGGUGGAAGAGGUUCUCCAACUAGCAAAGAGAAAUAGGCUUUUUGAUUCUGUUGCCAUGACAACUGUGUCCAAAGUUGUGGAAAAGGAAAAAGUUCAAGGUGAACUCGCAAGUCAACUAGGACUAAAGCUAGAUGAGUUUGGAAGAGCAGGUAAACUAAUGAAUAGAUUGAGCAAUGGGCGAAAAAACCUUGUAAUUUUGGACGACGUUUGGGAGCCACUUGAUUUGGCACAGAUUGGAAUUCCUACUACAGAUGGUGGCAACAAUGAGACACUUAUUAACUUGCCAGAAAUUGGAAUUCCUUUUACAUAUGGUAGUAACAUGGUCUGCAAAGUUGUGAUAACAUCACGGAAACAACGUGUGUGCCAAAUGAUGCAAAAGUCUAAUGAACUGAAAGUUUUCCCGAUCGAAGUGUUAACAGACACAGAAGCAUGGAGCCUAUUUACGAAGAUGGCUGAAAUUUCAGUUAACUCUGGAAUACCCCCUGCAGCAGAAGACGUGUGUAAUGAAUGUGGACGCUUGCCAGUUGCUAUAUGUGCAGUUGCAGCAGCAUUAAAAGGUAAGAACAACUAUGCAUGGAUAGAUGCACACACACAGCUGAAAAAUUCAAAGCUGAGGGCUAUAGUGGAUGUUGAUCCAAAAUUGUUCUCCUCCUUAAAGUUGAGCUAUGAUUUUUUAGAACCCAAGGAUGCACGGUCAUGCUUCAUGCUUUGCUCUCUGUUUUACGAAGAUGCUGAGAUUUCCAUUGAGGACUUGGUGAGAUACAGCAUCGGGAUGAGGUUGCUUGAUCAAAUACACCUAAAUACAGUUGAAGACAUUAGAGCCAGAGUACUUACAUUGGUUGAUGGGCUCAAAUCAUCUUGUUUGUUGUUAGAUGGCAGAAGCCAAAAUAGGGUCAAAAUGCAUGAUGUUAUUCGAGAUGUUGCUAUAUCAAUCGCGGAAGAUGAGAAAGGAUAUCUAGUGAAUCAUGAUAUCAAAAAGUGGCCAGAGAAGGGCACAUAUGAACAUUACUCGGCAAUGUCAUUAAGGUUCACCACAAAUAUCUGCGAGCUUCCCAAUGAGUUGGAAUGUAGAGGACUCCAUACCUUGGUGUUGAAGAGCAACCAUGACUGCUCACGAACAGAUGUUCCAAACAAUUUUUUCAAUGGAAUGGAAAACAAUCUUGAAGUCCUGGAUCUGACUGAAAUUCCUCUAGAGAGCCUCCCAUCAUCACUUCCAACAUUAGUUAAGCUUCGGAUGUUAUGCUUAAAUGGCCGACUGAAGAUAGACAUAGGGUUAGCUCUAUUGGGGAGAUUAAGGAACCUUGAGAUACUUAGCCUUCAAAAUAUGAAAAAGGUUCUACUUCAUGACGAAGAUGGAACAGGGUUUUCUGAAUUAAAGUUUCUUAAAGUUAAAGAAUGUAAUGAUGUUGAACAUCUUCUUGGCACACCAGAAAUGUUUCUAAAAGCUCAGCCACAAAGUCCACCACGGCCUUUUUGUAACUUGUGCAAAUUAGUUGUUAAAAGAUGUAGAUUUACAUUUCUAUUCUCCGUCUCCGUUGCAAGAGGCCUUGUGCAACUCCAAUAUCUAAAAAUCACAAACUGUGGGAAUAUGGAAGAAGUUAUUAGAAAUGAAAGACAAGGAGAUGAAGAGGAAAUUAUUUUUCAUCAUUUAAAAAAAAUGUAUUUAUGGAAUUUACCUAACCUCAGAAGCUUCUGUUCAAGCAUGAAGAACACUUCAACAAUAGAGGCAAACAAUUCUAACCCUUCACAACCUCUCUUUUGUGAAAAGGUGGCAUUCCCUGCAUUGGAGUACUUGGCUAUUUGGGAUUUAGAUAAAAUAUCAGGGAUAGCAGGGGACAAACAAUUAAAACACCCAAUCAAAGAAGAGGAAGAAUCCUUUUGGAAACUAAGGAACCUACCAUGUCUCCAACAACUAUAUAUAUGGGGUGGUGACAGCUUGAAAGCAAUAGUAGUAGCUAAUAAGGAAGGAGGUGCCUACGAUAAGCCUCUCGUUUUCCCUAAACUGUGUACUCUACAAUUACGUGAGCUGUUGAAUCUGAAAAGUUUCUAUGGCAAUUGUGGACCUAAAGAAGAAGAGGAAGAAGAAUAUCUCCAACCACAAACCCUCUUUAAUGAAAAGGUGGCAUUUCCUGUCUUGAAGAACUUGGUAAUUUGGCGUGCACAUAACAUAUCAGGGAUAAUAGGAGACCAACAAUUUAAACUUCCAGCCCAAGAAAAGGAGAGAGAAUCUUUUUGGCAACUAAAGAACCUACCCCUUAUCCGGCAUCUAGAUAUACAAAGUUGUCAAGAAUUAAAAGUAAUAGUAGUAGCUAAUAAGGAAGGAGGAGCCAACGAUAAGCCCCUCAUUUUUUCUGAAUUGUGUUCUCUACGACUCUAUUAUUUGAGGAAUCUAAAGAGUUUCUAUGGCAAUUGCGGACCCGAAGAAGAAGACGAUGAAGAAGGAAUUCUCAAACCUCUAUCUCUCUUUAACGAAAAGGUACGACUGUCAUAAGUUUUUUGUUUUUAGAGUUAUUAGUUUAAACUCUUAAACCAUAAUCUCACGUGAUUAAAAAUUUAAUAGUGCUAAAUACCUAUAAUAUUUACCCAUGAAUCAUCAAGAUGCAUUUUAUAUAUAAAUCUACAUUAGUUGAAUUUGAGCCAUCCAUCUUCAUUUUGGGUAAAUUUCUAGUUCAAUUUUUGCAAGUUCAAAGCUUUA